UGUACGUGGCAAGAUCAUCACCCUACAAUCAUCAUGGUCCCACGUGGGAGGCCGAUCGCUUGAGAUCAUCAUAUGGCGGGAAUAUGUAAACUUUAGGGGUGAUAUGGCGGGAAUUUAUCACCGGAUUGAUUAUAUCUAUAGAGAGAGCGCUCAUUCUUAGUUGCCUUGUUUUUCUCUAUAGUCUCUACAAACACACACACAGCGCUCUAAUUCUUCAUUUUGUGUACGGUAAAUUCACAUAUUUGCUUGAAAUGGGGAGGCGAAAGAAAGCUAGGGUUUCGGAAGACAGCGAAGAACGAGAGGAAGAGCAAAAGCAUCAUGAAAAUCUCGGUGAAUCUUCAACGGAGAAGAGCUUGUACGAGGUUCUUGGCGUGGAAAAGUCCGCAUCUCAACAGGAAAUAAAGAAAGCGUACUAUAAGUUGGCAUUGCGACUACACCCUGAUAAAAAUCCUGGCGAUGAGGAUGCCAAAGAAAAAUUUCAGCAACUGCAGAAGAUUAUAUCAGUUCUUGGUGAUGAGGAGAAACGAUCACUCUAUGAUCAGACUGGUUCUGUUGAUGAUGAAGACCUUGCUGGAGAUGUUGUUCAGAAUUUGAAGCAGUUUUUCCAAACCAUGUACAAAAAGGUUACUGAGGCUGAUAUUGAAGAGUUUGAAGCCAACUAUAGAGGAUCUGACUCAGAGAAGAAUGAUUUGAUUGACCUGUACAAGAAGUAUAAGGGAAAUAUGAACAGGCUCUUCUGUUCAAUGCUAUGCUCAGAUUCUAAGCUGGAUUCCCAUCGAUUCAAGGAUGUCAUUGACGAGGCAAUAGCUGCAGGAGAGUUGAAGUCAUCCAAAGCAUAUCAGAAAUGGGCUAAACAAGUGUCUGAAACAAAACCACCUACAAGUCCUUUGAGACGGAGAGAGAAAUCAAGGAAACAGUCAGAAGAUGUAUAUGCAAUCAUUUCUCAACGUCGAAAUGAACGGAAAGAUCAAUUUGAUUCCAUGUUCUCAUCUCUGGUGACCAAAUAUGGUGGAGGUCAACCAGCUUCGGAACCCACUGACGAAGAAUUUGAAGCUGCACAAAGAAAACUUAUUAGUCGAAAGACAUCUGGAAGAUCCAGGCGGAAGUAACUAUAUAUUAGAAGAAUUGUGUUCUCUGAUAUAUUUUCCUGUAAAAUAUUAUACUUUUCUCUAAACAUUCUGUGCAAUGCUUAUAUUUUAUCUAUAUGUGUAACUGCCAAUGCUGGAACCGUGUGAUUGGUUUUUAUUCUGCAGUGAAAUUGUUCAUUUCCUUUGGUUUUUUAACUCUAA